GUUUGUGUACUUCCGGUGCUGUGUUGUGUUUUUUAUCGCAUUUCAUCGUGCUCUCCCGCUGCAUAGCUGCAGUGAAAAUGCGAAGGUUCGGGGGAGCUACUCCCUGAGCGAAGUCGGAAAAGAUUCGCCAUGUUGCUGCAAUGUUUUGAACUUCAUCAGAGACCUCAUCUAGCAGUUAACGUUUCUAUACAACGCAGCUCAUGAUUCGUGUUUAGCCAAGUGUAAUAGCCGGCUUGGAGGGGGCGUCUUUUUGCCGUGAUGCGAGCGGGUCUGUAUAAGAAACUUCCCUCGGACGUGCAUAGUCCUUGCGAGAAGGAGUCCGUCGACACCUUUACGGACAAUUGUGGCGGGGGUGGACGUGGCCUGGACGAGGACGAGGGGGAGGGCAUGUUGUGGGGGGGACUAUCAACCGAAGAGGCCGCCCAGCGCUCCUAUGAGGACGUAGGGGAGCGCCUUGGCACAGACAUCCGCAGAGGCUUAAGCUGGAGGGAGGCACGACGACGCCUGUUAGCUCUUGGACCCAACGAGUUUGAGGUGCGGCAAGAGGACCCGCUUUGGAAAAAGUAUUUUGAGCAAUUCAAAAAUCCACUCAUCGUGCUGCUGUUGGCAUCCGCCUUUGUGAGCAUCUGUAUGCAGCAGUAUGAUGAUGCCUUUAGCAUCACAGCGGCUAUUAUUAUUGUUGUUACUGUAGCAUUUGUGCAGGAAUAUCGUUCCGAAAAAUCUCUAGAAGAACUCAACAAACUCGUUCCGCCAGCAUGUCACUGCUUACGAGAGGGUCAAGCGGAGACUUUCUUAGCGAGGAACUUGGUUCCUGGCGACAUUGUGAUACUCAACGUUGGAGACAGAGUUCCAGCAGAUCUGAGGCUUUUUAGUGCAUGUGACUUGAUGAUAGAUGAAAGUAGCUUUACGGGAGAAACUGAACCAGCAGCAAAGAUCACUACACCUUUGGAAAAGACUGGAAAUGGGGUAGCAUCGAAACACAACAUCGCUUUCAUGGGAACACUUGUUCGGUAUGGGAAUGGAAGAGGUAUUGUUAUUAACACUGGUGAAAAAUCUGAAUUUGGAGAUAUUUUCAAGAUGAUGCAGGCAGAGGAGGCUCCAAAGACCCCUCUGCAAAAAAGCAUGGACACUUUGGGCAAGCAACUCUCUUUAUAUUCUUUUGGCAUCAUUGGUCUCAUCAUGCUCCUGGGCUGGUUCCAGGGAAGACCCAUCCUAGAAAUGUUCAACAUCGGUGUCAGCUUGGCUGUGGCUGCAAUCCCUGAGGGCUUGCCAAUUGUGGUUACUGUGACGCUUGCACUGGGUGUAAUGCGGAUGGCAAAGAGGAAAGCUAUCAUCAAAAAGUUGCCCACAGUGGAGACACUGGGUUGCGUGAAUGUUGUGUGUUCAGACAAGACAGGAACUUUGACAAAGAAUGAAAUGACUGUGUCCAACGUAAUGACGUCUGAGCUUUACCAUGCUGAGGUGACAGGUGUAGGGUACAAUGCUGAGGGUCACGUCAUGCUCUUCGAUAACGCCACAAGCAGAGAUACUCAGAUGAACUCCCUGCGCUUGUUGCUCGAGUGCGGCUCCAUUUGUAACAAUGCCGACAUAACCGAAACGGAACUUCGAGGUCAGCCCACUGAGGGUGCUUUGUUGGCUGCUGCACACAAAAUGGGCAUCUACGACGUACGGAAUCACUAUGUAAGACUACAGGAAAUCCCUUUUAGCUCGGAGCAUAAAAUGAUGGCUGUCAAGGUUAUUCCAAAGUUUGGAGGGGAACAAGAGCAGUACUUUGUAAAAGGUGCUCUAGAGAAGAUUCUGGCACACUGUACCUACUACAGUGCCCAUGGAACACCCUUGCCCAUUACGACAGAUAAGGCCACACAGUACAUCAAGGAGGCACAGUACAUGGGUCGCAAAGGUUUGAGAGUUUUGGCUCUGGCAAGUGGCACUCAACUCAAUCAACUGAUGUUCCUUGGUCUCGUGGGCAUUCUGGAUCCACCCCGACCAGGGGUGCGAGAAGCUAUUGACACCCUGCACAGCAGUGGGGUUAACGUUAAGAUGCUAACAGGAGACUCCGAAGAGACUGCCUGCACUAUUGCUGCACGACUUGGCUUGCAUGCUGCUGGAAAUGCAGUUCUCUCUGGAGAACAGAUGGACUCGAUGUCUGACGCUGAACUCCAACGUGUGAUCAGCUCUGUUUCUGUGUUUUACCGUACUGGUCCAGGUCACAAGCUUAGAAUUGUAAAGGCACUUCAGCAUAACCACUACAUAGUUGGUAUGACUGGCGAUGGAGUAAAUGAUGGUGUGGCACUAAAAAAAGCAGACAUUGGAAUUGCGAUGGGCAAGAUUGGCACAGAUGUAUGUAAAGAGGCAGCUGAUAUGAUCCUUGUUGAUGAUGAUUUUUUCACAAUUAUGGCUGCCAUUGAAGAAGGAAAGGGUAUCUUUUACAACAUCAGAAAUUUUGUAAUGUUUCAACUGAGCACGAGCAUCGCUGCACUGUCAUUAAUAGCACUGUCAACGUUGAUGAAGAUUCCGAACCCGCUCAACGCCAUGCAGAUUCUUUGGAUCAACAUAAUUAUGGACGGUCCCCCAGCUCAAAGCCUGGGUGUUGAACCAGUUGACCACGAUGUGCUGAAGCAGCCUCCACGUAACACGAAGCAGCCCAUGAUCACUCGAGACCUCAUCUUCAACGUCUGCCUCUCUUCGCUCAUCAUCAUUCUUGGAACUUUGUUCAUUUUUCGAAGAGAGAUGAGUGACCAAGUAGUCACACCAAGGGACACCACCAUGACUUUCACAUGUUUUGUCUUCUUCGACAUGUUCAAUGCUCUCAGCUGCAGAUCUCAGACGAAAUCCGCAUUUACGGUGGGGCUGUUCAGCAACAAAAUGUUCCUUCUAGCUGUUGGCUUCUCAGUUGUGGGACAGAUGCUUGUCAUAUAUUUCCCACCUCUGCAACGAGUAUUCCAGACAGAGGCACUCACCUUUCUAGACAUCCUCCUGCUGGUGGGAGUUUCGUCAACAGUGUUCAUAGUCUCGGAACUCAAGAAGCUCUUUGAGCGAAGCGUUUCCAGAAGGAAAUGCAGCAGGGCAGUUGAAUGGGAAGUUCCAACUGCUGAAGUAAACACUGUGAGGGGUUCCAUGUCAGACGGCGACGACCUCUGCCUUACGCUUGGCACCGAAGGCUGUAAAUACUGAUUUGUAUAUACAUAGGCUAAAAACAUGAAUUUGAUGGAGGAGUCAUUUGUUGAUGAUUUCUUUCUCUGGGUGUUUUGUCUGUCAUGUGGGACUGUAGCUGUACCGUCAUAGAUUGCUUAAGUUGUACAUUUUGGCCCUAGUGUGUGUGCUUCCAUUUGUCAGCGUGCCCAGAUAUUGAAAGGCAAAUUCAAAUUUGACAUAUCGUUAAUGACAGUUGCAGAUUACAUAUGUGUAUAACAAGAUGUUCUUUUUGUUGGGGCGUUGGGGGUGCUGACAGCACAAGCGAGCAAAAUUUUGUGGUGUGGCUUCUGUCUUUUGCUAAGUAGUCUUUGGUUGCAAACUCUGGACGUCUCCCUUGAAGUUGGCAUUUGCAAAUGGGCCAGAUUUCGAAAGCAUAUACCCAUAUUUUUGUUACACAAAUGCAUUCCUGAUGCGACAUGGCCAGCUGUAUGUGGCUCGUCUUCUUUCUUUAUUCCUGGUCCUUCAGGACCUUCUUCAGGUCCUGUUAUAGUACUCAUGCAAAAGAAAUUCACUGUUCAAGAUAACAGUUAGCUGCAUCUUAUUUUUUAUAUAGGUGUAGGCAUUUCAUCAUUUUUUAUGGAAAUUUUAGAUAUAGAAACCUAGUGGAAAUGAAUUCAACUGUCUUAUGAAAUAAACCUCUUAUCUGAAGAUGGGUGCUGAUUUCAUAAGCCAGAUAAAUCUGCCUGGAUCAUCUAGAUCGGUUUUAAUUUGGAACAUAUCUUUUUAGCACCCUUUUGUGUGUAUUGUUUGCACUUUUUUAAGUAAGACUGGGCUGGUACUUCUUACACAUCAGGUUCAGUAAUUGACAUCGCUUACCAUACCAUUUCCUACUUUGCGGAUGCCAGCCUGUUGGUAGCUAAAUAUCAGCAUCCGUGCAGGGUACGUUUCAGGUUUUGCUGUAAACAGCGGGACUACAGUUGGCGUAAAUGCUUUCGCACAAUAGCAUGCUGUACUUAAGUAGGAAGAAGUGUGGUACUGGUGCCAAAUGUCCACUUUCUUGUUCCAAAUUGAAGAAACACUUACUCAGUUAUCUCCUAUUCUGAUCACACUGUGCAUAAACAAACAUAAAUGAAUGCAUCUGUACACAUUAUGAACAAUCAAACAGUAUUAUGUGCCCAUCAUUUUCAACUACUCUCCCUCCACCUGCACUAAACAUGGCAUUGAUGGAUGCAGAACAGCAUUUGCAGUCCACUUGUAAAAGCACAUUUCCUUGUUGCUUGUAACACGAAGAAAAUGUCUUCAUUUUAGGUACUUUAUAUUUUUGAACCUAUAACUACCUUCAAAUGAAGAUUUUUGUGCUCAAGCGAUGUGGGGACUGGAAGCUUCAGGGUUGUUCCACUUCUUUGCUAGUCUCCCGUCCCUCGAUUGGCCCGUGUAGUGCCUUUUCAUAACGUGAAGGCUGCGCGCAUUAGGAACACACUCAUCGAAAAGCCUUAUUUCCAUAUUGUAGAAUAUUUUUGUCGACAAAGUCUUGACUACAAGAGUUGGUACAGUAGAUAGUUUGUUGCGUACAGUAUCGUGAAGCCCUGUCACGGUUGGUUAGAGUUCAGCUCUGAGUACGAAAUACUAAUUCUUUGCAUUUUCUCUGACCAAAUGCAUCAAAGAGAACUGCUUUCACAACUUUGCGUAACUUUUGCAUUCUGCUUGAAGCCAGCUCUGUGCUUGAUAGAACACACACAAAAAUAUGAUGACUGAUUGGUUGCUGUGGUUGGUUGGUUGGUUGGUUGGUGGUUAUUUUGUGUGCUCUUUCACUUUGUCUUAAUCAGUUUUUUUUUUUCUUUUUUUUUUAUUACUGCUGACACUAAAUAGGGUAUGUAUGAAGCGUGCCCAAAUUAGCAUCAUAUCACACUGUGACAUUUUAUGAAUAGCAGAUCUGUUUGUUAUGGUGCUUAGAUGGAAUGCAUAUUAGCCACGUUUUUUUAAACGUGAGAUUUGUUCAUAGUCUACCGUGUGUACCCAGUACUUACUGUAAAGUAUUUGAUGCAGGCAUUUCAGAGCAUGUAGCUUUCUUUUUGUGUGUGCUUUUUUACACUUUAUAGUGUGUCGUGAUGGUCAACCACUAUGCUCAGGGGUUGUGAGAUAGAUUUAGAUGCAGACACGCAGAGCACUGUUUUUUGUGAAAGAUGAAAGUCGAAAUACCACUGGCGUGUCUAUUAGGGUGCCUGAAAAGCAAAUUCUGGAAUGAAAUGGAAUGCUAAUGUCGAGCAAACCAAGAGUACAUAGGGUGCUCACUGAGCAAUAUCAACUGGUCCCAGUCACGUAGUAGUAGAUGAGGCAAUUAAACAUAGGACGAACACAACACAAGCCUCACAAUGCCCAGUUGCAUACUUCAGUUGAAUAAUGGCAGUUGAAGGAAAGGCACCAGCAGUGGGUUUCGAAAUCGCAGGGUGUGCGUUUGAAUCUCACUGCUGGUGCCUUUUCUUCAACUGCCAUUAUUGGUCCCAGUCAUUGGUGACCUAAAUUCACGUAUUGUCACCCUCCCAGUCAUGUGAAAGCUCAAUACCUGAUAUUACCUGUACUGAGAGGAACUGCCUGACUUGCACUGGGCAUUGUGAAUAACGAAUGAAAUGCUAUGUCGUCCAACUCUUUGUGUGUGGCUAGUUGUGAUUUAUUUUUGUGACUACAAGUGCAGGGUUACUGUUGCAAAUGAGUGCUAAGAUUCAGUGGAGAGAGUGUGUAGCUAAUAUGGGAGGGCUCACAGAUCCUCAACCCACGACUGAAAUACUUCGAAGCAAUUGUGCAGCCUUUAAGUAGAUAAACAUUACAAGAGAUUAAACAAAAUAAGAGUGGUCACAGCUCAUUGUGUGUUUGCUAGCCAAUGGCAUUAAAUGCAAAUUAUUUUGCUAAUUUUUGAAUCAGUUGAACUGCUAUAAUAUUACAAUAUCUUGUUAUUCCUGAGACAUAUGUAACAUUUCUUAGGUUUUAUGCAGCAUCUCUUUUAAUUAUACAAAUGGUACUAUGCUACGGCAAUCUUCCAUCGUAUCUAGAAGUUUUGGGUGGGAAUCUCCCCAAUAGGUGUGCAUUAAUUGUAAAAUGUAGAACCCUAUGUACAUAAGAUACGACAUUGCUAUUUUUUUACAAUGAAGCUGUAGGCAACACAAGGAAAACGCAGCUGUACAACUUGGGGACAAAAGUUUACGGCACUGGUGCAUAUCUGCAUCGGAGCGGCCCCUUUUCUGCUACUAGGAAGAAGUUGAAUAAGAAAUGUGUGACCGGCUAUUCUAUCCACCUCAGUAUGUGUGUCCACUCCUGUUUGCUGGUAGGGUGUCACCCCAACAGACAAAUGCGGCACCCCAGUGUUCCGUGAACUUUUGUCCCAUGCUACACCUUAGAUGCUUUAAAACAAGUUUAUCUUUGACUUGCUCAUAUGCUCAGCUCAUGACCAUAUUGGUUGUAUUACCAGUUUAUGUUCAGGUACAUGCUUUUCCGUAUGGUGACAAUGACCGUGUAAUGUCGCCAAAGCGAACCAACCAAGCAACAAUCUAUACAUUUGGUGAAGUGUCCCCGCACUUGGAUAGUCAUGUGGUAUUUCUUCUGUUCAUCUAAUCUCACCUACGUGGACACACUUUGAUAUUGUGCUGAACAUGCAUGCACAAAUGAGUGUUCAUAUAUUUGCACAGCCCUGGUAUGCUAGAAUGUCCACUAUGCUAAUAUCUGAAAUGUUUUUUUUUCAUUUUGGGUUCUGCAUCAAACUAUCAAAAGUGCACUGGCUGACAAUAAAUUGCCAUUAAUGUGUUUUGUUCAUGUUAGGAUAAAAUAAUGUGUUGAGUGACAUUGUUGCUAUUAUUAAUUGACUGUGGUAUUGUUGCUCUUGUUGGCGUCUGGGUUACAGGGCUUUGUUUUAUCUAUUUGUGAGCAAUUAUGACGUUGCUUGAGUAGCUUUGUUGUGAACUUUUGCUUCAUCAAUAUUAAUAUCUGUAGCAAAUGGUGUUCUACUCGUCUUAUGGCAACUCAUAGGUUGAGAAGAAUUCUGCUUUGAACUGAACUGUUUAUAAAAAAGCUGAGCUUAUUAAACAAAGAAAAACAUUGUACAUAUUCAGAUUGCAUAUUACAAACUGUCAGCUACAACAUGAGCCACAAUUGUGUCAAACACUGAAAUCUUAAAAUGCAAAGAAGUUUCAGCACACACAAUCCUGUAGAAAACAUGUAUGUUUUGACCAGUUGUUUUGUCGAAAAUUAAGAAAAGGAGAAGGCAUUGAGUGUUCAGAUUACAAAUUUUUGCGUGGGAAGCUGGAGCUACACGAAUCUUUCGUGGCCUUUUAGGUAGGACACCAGGGAACGUAAAGUAAGGAACAUGGUAAACAAGUAGAAUAUUUUUCUAAUGUGAUCUAGCUGCACUGGACCUUGUCUGUUUGAUGGCCUGUCAACAUUUGUCCAGGGACAAUGCUUACAUUCUUUGCAUAAUGUCUCUGUUUGUUGCAAGUGAAUCUCAGCAAUUAUCUCUCCUGUUUGUAGAUAUUGGUUCAGUGUACAGUGCCUCCAGAAGUGCAAUUUUUUUUCUCUUAGCAUUAGUGCCUAAUACCACACACUGUAUUGCAUGGAGCUGCUGUUCUCUUUUGUGGCAUUGUUGUUAGCUCUGUUACUCUGUUCAUGGUUCACUGAGCUUGAUUAAAAUUACCCUGUUGUCA